AUGGAGAAAGGAAAAGGGAAAGAGCAUGCAUCUCCUAUAACGCCUCUUGCCACUAAUCCAUCAAUGAAUCCAUCAACUCAGGUGAUACCGAGACCAUUUUAUACAUAUUUGUCAACAUCUCCUACCACAAAUGCAUCUACCAAUCCAACAACCCAGGUCAUACCAAUAUCAUUUUAUCCAGAUUUCUCAAGUUAUAUGCAUGGGGGCCAUGCACCAAUGCCACAUGCUCUGUUACCACCUUUCUUACCUUGUCCUAAUGCCAACCUAUCGUCAUGGACUUGUCAGGAAAACCUUAUGCCAGAAUUUCAAUCAUCAGCUCCCCCCUCUUUGAUUGGUACUCCAUCUGCAAGCUCCAGCCGUGUUGAAGAAAUUCAAGAGCCCACACCUGACUCGAGGGAGGUUGAAAUAUUCUCUACAUCCUCUGAAUCCGAAGAUAACAAUGAGGCCGAGAUAGAAAAUACAAUGCAUAAUGAGGGGGUCGAUAUCAUUGAGGAGCCGAAGGUGGGGAUGGUAUUCAAAUCUCAAGACGAGUUAGUGGCAUAUUAUAAAGGUUAUGGGAAACAAUGCGGUUUUGGGAUAAUGACUCAAAGGAGUCAUAGGUUUGAGGAUGGGAGCCUCAGAUAUAUCACGCUUUGUUGUUCUCGUGGUGGGAAGGCAAGGAAGCGUACGACAAAUGUUGCGAGGCCGCGUCCGAUGUCAAAGACUGACUGUAAGACAAAGAUAAAUGUUACGUUCAUGGAUGGAGUUUUCAAGUUGUUGAGUGUUCACAAUUCCCACAAUCACAGCGUAAGUCCACAGAAGUCGAGAUUCUUUCGCUGUAAUAGAGAAGUGAGCGAGUCUGUUAAGAGAGUAUUAGAUACAAAUGAUCAAGCUGGCAUUAGACUAAACAAGAGUUUUGCAGCACUUGUGCAAGAAGCGGGUGGGUUUGAGAACUUGCCUUUCAGUGAGAAAGAUUGCAGAAAUUAUAUUGAUAAGGCACGCCACCUUCGACUUGGGAAAUGUGGCGCUGAAGCCCUUCGUCAGUAUUUUGCUAGGAUGCAGUACAAAAAUGAUAGAUUCUUUUCAGACAUCGACCACGAUGAUGAUGGAAGGUUGAAGAAUGUCUUCUGGGUAGAUGCACGGAGCAGGGUAGCCUAUAAAUAUUGGGGUGAUGUUGUGACAUUUGACACCACAUACCUGACAAAUAGGUAUGGAAUGCCGUUUGCACCGUUUGUUGGUGUAAACCACCAUGGUCAGUUAAUCCUUCUGGGGGCAGGAUUGAUUUCUAACGAGGAUACGGAAACAUUUGCAUGGCUGUUUCAGACUUGGCUAAACUGUAUGGAUGGGGAAGCGCCAAAGGCCAUUAUCACAGAUCAAGAUAGAGCUAUGAAGAAUGCAAUUGCUCUUGUCUUCCCCAAUACACGACACAGAUAUUGUUUGUGGCAUAUUCUUAAAAAAGUACCUGAGAAACUUGGUUCCCAUCAUGCCUACAAAACUGGGUUGAAAACUAGUUUGAUGAAGUGUGUGUAUGACUCUCAAACCAUAGGGGAGUUUGAAAAUAGUUGGAAUGUGUUAAUUACCACUUACAAUUUGCAAAAAAAUGCUUGGUUGCAUAGUUUAUAUGAUGAGCGUGAGUUUUGGGUACCAGUAUUCUUGAAAGAAAUCUUUUGGGCUGGGAUGAGUACAACACAACGAAGCGAGAGCAUGAAUGCUUUCUUUGAUGGCUACGUACACUCAAGGACAAACUUAAAAGAGUUUGUCGAUCAAUUUGAUAAUGCAUUGCGAAAGAAGGUUGAAAAUGAAAAUGGGGCGGACUUACAUUCAUUCUACGUCACAAUUCCCGUCGUCUCGAUCUCUCCACUUGAAAAGAUAUUUCAGAACAUAUACACUAAUGCUAAAUUUAGAGAAGUUCAAAAAGAGAUAAUCGGGAUGGUUGGUGUUCUUCCAAGUCUACAUCGAAAAGAUGGUGUAAUCGCAACGUAUCAUGUAGAAGAUGAAGUUGCUGUUGAUGAUUUCAUCAAAGAGGUGACCCAAACAGUGUACUUCAAUGAGGCUGAAUGUGAUGUGAAGUGUUCAUGCGCACUGUUUGAAAUGAGAGGGAUAUUGUGUCGACAUGUAUUGGCUAUUAUGAGAGUUAACAAAGUGAAAAAAGUGCCAGAAAAAUACAUAUUAGAUCGAUGGAGAAAGGACAUUAAACGGACAUACACUCUUAUUCGAAGUUCUUAUGACUCAGUUGAUGCGAGGCCAAAAGUGAGUAGAUAUUCACGUAUCAUGAAGGUAUGCUACGAGGUUGCCACAAAUGCAGCGUCAUCUGAUAAGAAUGCCGAGGAUAUGAUACAUAAGUUACAUGAAAUGAACCUCGGCUACCUCACCAACAAGUUGCCCCUUCAAACUUUUUCCAACGUUGCAGUUACACCUGUCAAUACCACCAUAGAGGGGAGUUCAAAAAAAGUACUGAGUCCCCUUCAAGUGAGAGGGAAAGGCAGACCACCAUUUCUCAGGAAGAAAUCAAUGAUUGAGCGGGUUAGACUGACAACGAAGAAGGCUACUCAACAGAGAAAACGUAAACAGCCGCAUGUAGGAGAAACAUGCAGAAAUUUAUUUGGACAUGUAGAUAUUGGGACUGAAGAGGUAAUUCACAUUCAGCAACCACAAAAUACUACAGAGGUGUUGGAAUAUGGUGGAACCCAGUUUGGUUUUGCAAUGAGUGAGAUUCAAGAAAGUGUACAUAUUGGGGUAGAUGGAAUCCAAUUGGAAUCGUUGUCUGGGAAACAGACAUGGUUAUAA